AUGUCUUUUACCCGCGGCGACGAUGUGGCCGCGUCGUUUGGCGAUGAUCAACCGGGAACUUCUGGGAAGGGAUCGCUUGUGGAAAUUUUAAGGGAAAAUACACAAGUUAUCUUCAGCAAUUGUCGUUUAAAACGUUCACCAGGAAGCGGACUUGGUUACAACAAAAAUGUCAAACAAUUGAAUGUUCCGAAAGAUUUCAAGAGAAGAAAAAUGCUUCUACAGUCUCUCAUAUUCUUUGCUUUACUUUCUCUCAUCUCAUCGUUCACUCAAACAGCUCAACGCAUUCGAGAACAUGAAGAACUUCAGGUCGAUAUCCCUGCAGCCGGACAAAUCAAACUCUACUAUCGAGUCCGAGAUCCGAUGUCAGCUCUGUUCGUCGUCGUGAGCCCAUGCGGAGCUCCCGUUCACUUCCAAAUCUACAACAUGAGAACAAAUGUGAUCCCAUUUGGUGACAUCACGACGAGUCCCGCUCUCUCACUCAUCUAUGGCCAGCAAAAAGCGUCAAGAAUCAACUUCUACACGCAUCGAGUUUUAGCUGAUCGUCUUCUGAUUGUUUUGAGUGCUCCGACAAGCGCAUCUGCCCGCGUUUUCAUCUCGACCACUCAAAAAGCGCUCGAUGAACAGUACCCUCCACUGCCAGAAGAUACACGGCUGGGACACGCCGUGGCUCCACAAGAGCAAGAUGCAAGUGCGCUUAUUUCAUGGAAAACUUCGAGCAAGAUCAGAAAAGCCCCCAUCGGAAAGUAUCGCUUCUGUGCGGUGGUUUCGAAAACGGAAAACGAGUACGCUGUUUGUGAUCACUUGCACGAGGGAUUGGAGAGUAUUCACUGUGUGGAGAGUGAUAGGAAUCAGAUGCGAAUCGACAAGUUGAGACUUGGUCAACAAUAUUUUGUGAGCGUUUUCGUGCGAGACUCAACAACUGGAGCCGCUUCUUCUUAUUCAACCCUUCAAUUGUCUAUUCCAUCAAGCACAAAUGAGAAGAAUCUCGCGGUCACACAAAAGCCAUCUGAGGCUGUGGUUUUGCAAGAUGGAGAAUUCGUGCAAGGCGAUGUGCCGGCUGGAAAAGGCUCUCUUCUUGGCUACGACAUGAGUCUCGAUGAUGCAAGAACGGCAAAACGAGUAUUGCUCGUCGUGCACUCGUGCAGCGGAUUCAUCCGGGUGAAUAUCUAUCGAAAUGGGCGCUUGUUAAAGAAAAGUGAAGUGUUCUCGGGAUUCCGAAGAUUCUUGGUUUUGAAUCCAAACGGUGGCAGGCUUCGUUUCGAGGUGAUCAACGAGGAGCGCAGAGGGAAAACGGUGAGAUUGUGGGCGUCAAGUCGACCAACGCAAUCGCCGUAUCCGUUGCUGCCCGAUGACACAUCAGUGCGUGUCUCUCGUCGCACCUGUCAGUCGACAACUCUGCAAUGGGUGAGAGCACCGGAUGACGCUAUUGAGUACUGUCUCUACAAACGGCUUGAAUCCGCUCGUUUCCUUGAGCACCUUGUCAGCAAGGCUGAUGACUUGUGCGCUGGUGGUUUGAGUUCAUCGCUGGUUGGCUGCUAUUCGCCACGUGGCCCACGAAAGGGCAGAGAAGUGAGAAUCCCGGACGACUCGAGUGCCGAAGAGCAACACACGGGAUUGAUUGAGACCCGGGUGGAUCGACUGAUUCCAAAUACCACUUACAGAUUCGACCUUUUGGCUCGUCCAAUCAACCGCUCGAACUCUCAAUUUCUUCCCUAUCGAACCGUUUGGGUUCGGACGGCGAAAACGUGU